AUGGUCAGUGCUACAGUUAAUCCCGCGCUAAUGAACACCGUUGCACCUCCUGCUUCAGAGAAUUUCUGGAGUGACGUUUUUAAUGUAAUCAUAAAGUCUUGUGGGGUACAAUGUCAACCCUCAACCUACGGAGUUAUGUUAACAGGACGCCUUAGCCAAGUAGUAAGUGCUGGGGAGAUACUGAAAUUAAAGUGGAGAAGUCAUUGCCAAGAUCUACAGUUGAGAAACGUUGACUAUUAUAACGUUUUCAAUCAAGCUGGCACGAUUUUUAGCCAACAUGGCAUGGCUAUGAAUCAAGCUGGCACGACUAUGAAUCAAGCUGGCACGGCUAUGUAUCAAGCUGGCACGACUAUGAAUCAAGCUGGCACGACUAUGAAUCAAGCUGGCACGGCUAUGAAUCAAGCUGGCACGGCUAUGUAUCAAGCUGGCACGACUAUGAAUCAAGCUGGCACGGCUAUGAAUCAAGAUGGCACGGCUAUGAAUCAAGCUGGCACGGCUAUGUAUCAAGCUGGCACGACUAUGAAUCAAGAUGGCACGGCUAUGAAUCAAGCUGGCACGGCUAUGAAUCAAGCUGGCACGACAUUCAACCAAUAUGGCACAACUUUCAAACCACGCGAUACGAAUUUUAAUCACAGUAACAUGUAUAUCUACCGCGGUAGCACACAUAUCAACCAAAGUGACAUGCAUUUCACUGAACGUGGCAGGAAUAUGAACCAAACUGGCGCGCGUUUCAAUCAAAGAGGCACAACUUUUAGACAAGAUGAUUGGCCAGUCAGUCGAAGUGACACAAACCUAAACCAAUAUACCCCAACGUUCAUCCCAAGCCCAGGCAUCACGCACUUCAACCAAAGUGGGUCAAAUUUCAACCUACACGGGACGACAAAUUCAAUCGAACGACAGGGGUUUAUGAGCAGUGAGCAUGCCUUUGAUCCUAGAUCAGAAAGUCAGUUUUAUCAGCAAAACAUGAAUUGCUCCUCAGACCCAAGAAAUCAGCAGACGAAAAGGAACGAUUCCGAACAAUGGCCAAAUGAGGACAAGUGGGAGGACAAUAAGACAAGGGAUCCUGGGAAUGCGCGUUAUAACCAACAUCGCCAAUCUGAUGGCAAUGCGAGACAAGACCAACCAUCAGAUUCCAAACAACUCAGCAUUACGGAUGACACUGCCAAUUCCCAGCCAUUUGGAAACCCUCCAAACACAAAAUACACAGCGCAAUCCCACUGUGGUGAUGAGACGGACCCUACCAGGAAUUCCCAACUUUCACCACCAGGCUUCAUGGAUGAAUCCCCAAAUUCAAGUAGCAUGGAAGGAGAUGCCAGUGGAAGCAAGACAGACUCUUUUAGUACUAAACCAGCAACUUCAUUAUACAGUACAGGAAACCCCCGGCCAUUAGACAAUGCCCACAAUAGGACAAGCACAAAAACAACCACAGGAACAGAAAAUACAACACUAAACGUAGAUGGCACAUCUCCACCGUGUAACACCAAAGUAAUUGCUAUGCCAGAACGCUCUCUAAACUACACCACAUGCUACCAGCCAGCAGAGAACCACCAGCAGAGCACAACUCCAAACUUUUCUAUAAAACCAGAAAGCUUGACCACACCUAGCAACCAAUUUGUAUCACUUUCAAAUGACAAGACAGAUCCCCGAAGUGAAAGACCGCCAACCUUACUUCAUAAUACCACAAAUCACCAACAACCAGUCAACCACCAAGAGAGUUCAAUAUCAAACACUGCAACUGGAGCAGAAGAGUUAACCACUUCACGCAACCUACUUGGAUUAGUUUCAAAUGGCCAGCCAGAAUCUCGUAGUGAAAAACCACCGGGCUUAUCAGAAACUAACAUAAAUCCCUCACCACAAGUUGAUGAACAACAGGGUACAACUACAGACCCUACCACCGGACCACAAAACUCAACCAACUCCAGUAACAAAGUUGGGUCACCUGCAAAUGACCAACCAGAUGGAAAUAGUGAAAAACCACCACCAGACAGCACCACAAACCACCAGCCACCAAGCAAUGGCCAAAAAAGCACAGCGAAAAAUCCUACCAUCGGAUCACCAAACUCAGCCACAUCUGAUGAUAACCAAACUGAAACACCUUCAACUAACACCUCUGACUCCCUUGGUGAGAAUCCAUCUAACCCCAUAGAAAAGAUCCCAAGUAACCAACCACAAAACAACCAACAGCAAACAAUCCCAAACCAGAUUUUGAAACAAACCUCAACCCAUGAACAUCCCAACAACAACACCUUGCCUAAUAAUUCUCCUAACUUGAAAGAAGCGAAGCGAACUAUUCCUGUUCCCCCACCAAGACAAAAUAGACCAGGACCUCGUCAAAAUGCCGCAAAAUUUUCAACUCCCGCUGCGAAACCACAACAACCCAGACAAGGGAGUCCCUCGCCAACAACAGAGUCCAAUAAAAACUGUGUAAAUGAUAAACCUACUACUGCCACAGAACCAAAUAAAGAAGGCGAUCAAACCGCCACGACAGAGAAUUCUAAGGCGUCGAUAACAACAGAUGAACAAAGUGAGAAAGCGUUGGACGAACAACUGGACUGA